CGGGAGGCUGCAACACAGGGCGCUGGGCGGCCGCGCCUUCCCGCCUGGCGGUUCAGAGUGCUCGGCCCGGCGCCGCGGCGGCCCGCCGUCCCCUCCUGAAUGGCCCGCGCCCGGCGAGCGGCUGUCGUGGCGACUCCAUCCCUGUUCCCCCGCAGAACCCACGGGCCCCGCGCAUCCGACGCCCCCAGGGUAGUCGGCUCAGAAGGUGCGCGCGGCUCCUCGGCGACCGACCGGGGCCCCGACUCCUGCCAUGUUUGUCAACCAGCAACUUCCGAGCGACCUCCGAGCAACUGCUGGGGGCCGUGGGAGGACGCCGCGCCCAGCCCCGACGCUGCGGCCCUGGGGCCGGUGGUCCCUGAGUCUAGAGAGGCUGGGAAGCGCGUGUGGUGGGGCAGGCCCGCCCUCGCUCCGCUCCCUGGCGCUGCGCACACCCUGGGGACACCGGGGCGCAGCCGCGAGUGGCCUUACGACACUCCAGGGGCGGAGUCGGAAGCCAGGGGGCGGGGCGGGGCGGGGCGGGGGCGAGGCCCGGGCUCCUGGAGUUCGCGCGCUGUCUGCGCAGGCCCAGUGUGCGCGCCGUCGCUACGCCGGGCGGCUAACAUGGCGGCCUCCAGGUGGCUGCGCGCGGCCCUUCUGUUUUUGUGUGCCUCGGACCUUCUGCUGCUCCCUUCUCCUGGGGCCUGCGCGGCCGAGACGCCGGGCGAAGCCACCCCACCUCCGCGGAAAAAGAAGAAGGACAUCCGCGAUUACAAUGAUGCCGACAUGGCGCGACUUCUGGAGCAGUGGGAGAAAGACGAUGACAUAGAAGAAGGAGACCUUCCAGAGCACAAGAGACCCUCCGCACCUGUUGACUUCUCCAAGCUCGACCCAGGCAAACCUGAGAGCAUCUUGCAGAUGACAAAGAAAGGGAAGACCCUGAUGAUGUUCGUCACCGUGUCAGGGAACCCCUCCGAGAAGGAGACAGAAGAGAUCACCAGCCUAUGGCAGGGCAGCCUCUUCAAUGCCAACUAUGAUGUUCAGAGGUUCAUCGUGGGAUCAGACCGUGCUAUUUUCAUGCUCCGGGAUGGGAGCUAUGCCUGGGAGAUCAAGGACUUUCUGGUCAGCCAAGACAGGUGUGCUGAUGUCACUCUAGAGGGACAGGUGUACCCUGGCAAAGGAGGAGGAAGCAAGGAGAAAAAUAAGACAAAGCCAGAGAAGGGUAAAAAGAAGAAAGAGGGAGAUGCCAAACCACGGGCUUCCAAGGAAGACAACCGAGCUGGGAGCAGAAGAGAAGACCUCUAGCCAGGCGGUACACUUCCCGCCGGGCAGGCAGGACCACACAGCCAGCCCCUUGCAGGCCCGUGAGGCAAGCGGGUGCAGGAACCUGCAUACCAGAUGACAUUCUCAUGUCUUCUAGAAAGGGUCUGUGCAUGACCUCUGGUCAGUAUCACAGUUACUGUAUGAAGAAGGCUUUACAUGUGAAGGCAGGCUUUGUGAUUGGUAGUGGACACUGGCAAGUCAUGCUAACUGUGGCAUCACCUGACAUGGAAACUUGAUGGAUGUUUUGUACCUCUUACAUCUGGUGAGUCCUCAGAGUACCACUCCCUCCCUCUUCCCUGCAUCUGAUGUGUCUGUGUCUUAAAGGCCUCAUCAGCCGAGCCGAGAACCUGUGGCUUGACGGAGGCAGGCAUGGACUGCAGUUAGUGAAGAUAACAUACUGUGUGUGCAGUGCAGCUGACUGCACACCCAGGAUCCAGACAACAAGCUCAUUACAGGAAGUGAUGCAGAUCACGAGGCAGUGCCGCUCCGAUCCCAAGGAAUCAUUUCAGGUGGCUUCAGUGCUCCUCCUCGGGUCAGGGAUCCACUGUCUGUCAGUCUCCCUGUGGUUGUAGAGGGAAUGCUGGGAGGAGAGGAGGGUGUGGUGCUUCCGUUGAGGGCUCGUGCUCUUGUGGCCCGACAACUGUAAAGCUGGUGAGGAGAGGGACCAGCAGCAGCUCCAUAGAGUGGACCUCAUCUCCAGUAUUUCUGAGUGGUUUUCUGUGAUAAAGUGCCUAACCUUGUGCUUUCGUAUGGUACUCCUGGUGUGCUGCUGCUCUUCACAUCUGGGUUUUGCUGUUCGUAGGUUGAAGCCUAUCUAAAGGAGCAUUUCUAUGAGGAUGCCUUUUCUAGGAACUUUAAAACUGCAGUUGUGAUUUGAAACUCAAAACAGAACAUGUACACAUCCGUGGCUAGAAAUGCCCCUGUCAGAGUGUUGCCGUGUGAAAUGCCCUACCCUGCUGCCAAUACUCCUUCCAGUGGAGCUACUGUUGAUCAUUGGUUUUCCAAAAUAAAGUGCGUUUACCAGCUUCCA